AUGACACCGACAACCACCCACCCUGAAUUCGUAGCUGCAGUUAUGAAUGCUGGGUAUCAUGCCGAGUUCGCAGCCGGUGGGUACCAUAAUGCGGAUUCUCUGAGGAAAGCACUGUACAAGCUUCGCGACUUGAUGCCUGCUGGAAGGGGUAUCACCAUCAACGUCAUCUACGUCAGCCCUAAGGCGAUUGCCUGGCAGAUUCCCUUCAUCCGCCAACUCCGUGCUGAAGGAUUUCCCCUGACUGGCAUGACCAUAGGCGGUGGAGUUCCGUCUCCCGACGUGGCCACCGAGUAUAUCACGACUCUAGGGCUUGAGCAUAUCUCGUUCAAACCUGGUUCAGUCCCAUCGAUCCGACAAGUCAUCGAAGUUGCAAAACGAAACCCAUAUUUCCCUGUCAUCCUCCAAUGGACAGGUGGACGUGGUGGUGGCCACCAUAGUGCUGAGGAUUUCCAUGGCCCGAUUCUUGAGACAUACGCAGAGAUCAGAGCUUGUGACAAUAUCUCUCUGGUUGCAGGUUCUGGCUUCGGCUGUUCCGAUGAUGUUGUUCCAUACUUGACCGGUGCUUGGAGCAUCGCUCAUGGCAAGAAGUCCACUAUGCCAUUUGACGGCGUCUUAUUCGGUAGUAGAGUCAUGACUUGUGCUGAAGCAAAAACAUCCCCUGGCGUGAAAGCUGCAAUUGCGGCUGCCGCAGGUGUUGAGGAUAAGGAUUGGGAGGGUACUUACAAAACUCCUACAGGCGGGAUCGUCUCGGUCGUCAGUGAGAUGGGUGAACCUAUCCACGUGGUUGCCACUCGUGGCGCAUUAUUCUGGGCUGAAAUGGACAAAACUAUCUUUUCACUAGACAAGAAGAAGCGCGUCGCAGCUUUGAAUGUGAAGAAGGACCAUAUCAUCUCUAAACUCAAUGCCGACUUCCAGCGCCCUUGGUUCGGUCGCCGAGGUAGCGGUCAAGCCUGCGAUAUCUCAAACAUGACAUACGGCGAUAUCGCCAACAGACUAGUCGAGCUGACCUUCGUUGGCGGGCGCCGCUGGAUUGAUGGAAGCUAUUUCCGCUUAGUUUCAGAUUUCCUCCUGCGCAUUGAAGAACGUUUCGCCCAGUCCAAUGCAGACGAGUCACUUCUUUCAGAGUCUGAACUUCGCACCAACCCCGCUGCGGCCACCGAAGUCAUGCUCCAAACAGUCCCUGCCGCUACUAGUACACUGGUCUCCUCAGAGGAUGCAGACUAUUUCAUCCAACUAUGUCGCCGGCCUGGUCAGAAGCCUGUACCUUUCAUUCCUGCCUUGGAUGAACAUUUUGAGUCAUGGUUCAAGAAAGACUCGCUCUGGCAGUCCGAAGACCUUGAUGCGGUCAUGGAUCAGGAUGCAGGGCGGACUUUCAUCUUACAUGGUCCUGUCGCAGCCCGUCAAACUUGUCAGAUCGAUGAGCCUGUCGCUGACGUGCUCAAUGGAAUUAACAACGGUGUCAUUGAACAGCUCUACAAAUUGAGCAACCAAAAGAUACCUUUCGAGGAGUCCAUUCUUACUUCGGCACCCAAGCUAACAGCAGCCUCUGAGUUGCCUCAGGGCCACAUGGACACUUCGUCCUUGACCGGUAUCGAGGUCCGUGACCUUCUCUCUCGCCAGUCGACCUGGUGCUCUGCUCUCUUCAAUUCCAGAUUCGUAGUUAGAGGCAGCGACUUGGUAGAGAAUCCCAUCGGUAAACUGUUCGAGGCUUUGAAGGUCGACUCGGUCGAUAUCGGACCUAGGUCGGUCGCUCUCUUCAAUGAUGAGAAGCUCGUUCUCCAGGUCUCAAAUAUUGAAAACCAACUACAGGUGCUGCCAUUUACAUAUGUUACGAGCAACAAUAGUCCGGUUUCAAUGGCACUAAAAUAUGAAUAUCGCCCGGAAAAGGGCUAUGCACCAAUUUGGGAAGCCAUGGAAAAUCGCAACGAACGUAUCUGCGAUAUGUACCGCAAGCUAUGGCAAGGCGAUGGAGGCACACUCAAAGUCAGCGGUUCCUCCCACGACUCUGCAGUCUUUGACGAUACCAUCAUUAUAGAUGGGGCUAGUGUGAAGGCUUUCAACCGCGCGAUUGGUUAUUCCAAGGUACAUCGCGAUGAGAGAGUGCCUAUGGAUUUUGCGAUCGUGGCGUCCUGGAGUCCAAUCUGCAGGGCGUUGCUACAAGACCCUAUCCAAGGAGAUGUCUUGAAUCUUGUGCAUCUUUCGAACGCAUACGAGUCGAACGGUAAUGCCAAGUCUCUCGAGGUCGGUGAAGAGAUAUUCACCCGCGCAUUCGUUAGUGCAAUCACUAUUGAAGAUUCUGGAAAGGUCGUCGAAGUUGUGUGUGAGCUGCGGCGUGCGACUGGUGGCCCUAGUGUCGUGACAGUCCGCUCGAGGUUCCUGUUCCGUGGCACGCACGAGAACUUCUCUUCCACCUUUUCGCGUAAAGUGGAAGCCCCUUACGAAGUGAACAUGUCUUCUGAGACUGAUGUCGGUGUCCUUGCCUCUAAGCAAUGGUUCCACUUGGAUGAUAAGAACAAGCUUGAUGAUUUGGACUUGACAGAUCUGACUCUUGAGUUCCAUUUACAGACUUUCGCGAGGUGGUCUGAUAAGUCGACCUUCAAGAGCGUCGAUACAUCUGGAAAGGUGUUCGUGCGAUCUGAGGCGGGCGAUCUAACUCGUAUCGGGUUCGUCAAGCACCAUGCAGGCGUAUCAAACAAUAAUGCGGUUCUGUCUUAUCUCGGUCGAAGGGGACGGGUGGUCGAUGCUCAUCAGAAACACAAGCUUACCGGGGCAGCUCCUGAGGCACCUGCUCAUAUCUCCGCGAUUCGCAUUCCGGCAACCAACGAAGCCUAUUCGCGAGCCUCGGGUGACUUCAAUCCAAUCCACACUUCGCCGCUUUUCGCGCAGCUUGUGGACUUGCCUGGCACGAUCACACAUGGUAUGUACUGCUCCGCUGCUGUUCGCCAGGAAGUUGAGAAGCAUGCGGCUGGUCAAAAUCCCGACAGAAUUCGCAAGUAUGAUGUCUCAUUCGUGGGAAUGGUCCUUCCCAACGAUAUCUUGGAAGUCAGCAUUCGUCACUCGGGUAUGCAGGCAGGUCUCAAGUCUUUCGACAUCACCGUCAGCAAGCAAGCUACUGGAGACAAGGUAUUGGCUGGUUCUGCUCUGAUCGCACAACCUUCUACUACUGUCGUGUUCACUGGGCAAGGUUCGCAAGAAAAGGGCAUGGGCAUGGAUCUCUAUGCUUCUUCUGCCGUCGCAAGAUCUAUCUGGGACAAUGCGGAUGCAUACUUCAUCACACAAUUCGGUCUUAGCAUACUAGAGAUUGUUCGCAACAACCCCAAGGAAAUCAAGGUUCACUUCGGAGGCGUCAAAGGAAGGAUGUUACGACAGAACUACUUGUCGAUGUACUAUGAGACCCCUGCAACAAGUACGCAUGGCAAACCAGAGCGCCGACCCAUUUUCCCCACCAUCAACGAGAAGUCGACAUCGUUCACCCAUUCAUCACCAAAUGGUUUGCUGUUUGCUACCCAAUUCGCACAGCCUGCCCUCACGGUCAUGGAAAUGGCUGCUUUCAAGGAUAUGCAGAGCAGUGGCGUUGUGGAUGACAACUGUCACUUUGCAGGUCACUCUCUCGGCGAGUAUGCUGCUCUGGCCUCUAUUACUGAUUUUAUGCCAUUUGAGAAUUUGCUCUACCUCGUCUUCUGCCGUGGCAUGACCAUGCAAGGAGCUGUUGAGAGAGACGACCAGGGCAGAAGUGCAUUCUCCAUGGUCGCGGUAGAUCCUAGCCGGGUCAGGAAGGAACUAUCCGAUUCCGCCCUACGAGAGCUGAUAACCAGCAUUCAAAGCCAAAGCGGCUUUUUCGUCGAGAUCGUGAAUCUCAACAUUCGAAACGGGCAGUACGUCUGCGCGGGCGAUCUGCGCGGUCUAGAUCUACUGCAGAAAGUAUGCGACGAGAUCAAGGCUCUGCCCAGCUGUCCCAGACCUGCCGACCAUUUCUCGCGCAUUAUCGCGAAGAACGCGUUUGCAUAUAAGAGUGUCGUGCCCCAGGAGGUACAACUUAAGCGCGGUGCGGCAACCGUGCCACUCGCGGGCGUGGAUGUGCCAUUCCACAGCUCCUUCCUUCGCCCUCGCAUGGACGCGUUCCGACGGGUGCUCCAGGAUAGCCUCAACGCGGAUCGUCUGAGGCCGGAGAGGUUGGUCGGAAAGUACAUCCCUAAUGUAACAGGCACGCCUUUUGCCAUUGGCAAGGAGUAUUUCCAGGAUGUGUUGGAGAUCACGAAAUCUGAACGCGUGAAGAAGGUGCUGGAUGAUUGGGAGGACUGGAUGGCUAAGGCUGAGCGUCAGAGAGUCAUUGUGGCGUAA